CGUAGCGCCCUGCUGCUCCCUGCCAGGCUGAGUGGCACCAAAACGGUAAAAGAUAUUCGUAUCCCACCAGGGCCUCACCGAAUCUUCCGGCGCUGCUGACGCGCUUCUGUCUCAAUUACCUUCUUCACUAUCAUCUACCCUUUCACCACGAAGAUACUUUGUUUCCCACCAAUUCCGAGCAAUCCGCCGAAACCUACAGAAACCAUGAGUUGGAAAGGCUUCCAGAAAGGUGUCACACGGGCACCUCAAACGUUCAAGCAGAAGUUCAAUAUCGGCGAACUCACCAAAGACCCGAUCUAUGUCGAUGCCGAGCGCCGUUUCGAAGAAUUGGAACAGGAGACGAAAAGGCUAAAAGAUAAUUCGGAGAGGUAUACGGGUGCGAUCAACUCGAUGCUCAACCAUCAAAUAGAAUUCUCGAAAGCCUGUGCGGAACUCUAUAAGCCGAUUUCCGGACGCAUGUCGGAUCCCGACUCGUUUGUCCAGGAAGGCAAUCCAGAAGGGAUUCGAGCAUGCGAGGAAUACGAAUCGAUCGUCCGGGAUCUGCAGGAGACGCUGAAGCCGGAGUUGGAGAUGAUCGAGGCGCGCGUCAUCAAACCGGCCGACGAGCUCCUGGAGAUUAUCAAGCUGGUGCAGAAAACGGCGAACAAACGGGAUCAUAAGCAGCUCGAUUACGACCGCCGCCGCGCUACGCUGAAGAAAUUACAGGAGAAGAAGGACAAGACCCUUAAGGACGAGAAAGCGCUCUACAAAGCCGAGAAUGAUGUGGAGCAGGCGACGCAGGACUUCAAUUACUUCAACGACCUCCUCAAAACCGAGCUGCCGCAACUUUUCCGAUUCGAGCGCGACUUCAUCAGCCCCCUCUUUCAAUCCUUUUACUACAUGCAACUGAACGUUUUCUACACACUGCACGAGAAGAUGCAGUCCAUCGACAUCGGAUACUUCGACCUCGCCCUCGACAUCGAAGGCGCAUUCGCCAAGAAACGAGGGGACGUCCAGGAGCAAGCCGAGAAGCUCUCCAUCGUCCGCCCCAAGGCCGCGGCCGGCAAACCGAAACCCGGCAUAUCGAAAUACGUGAGCAAAUACGCCAAGAACCCCACGUCGUCCUCCGCCUCCACCGCCAAUCCAGAGGACGGCAUCGACAACCCUCCACCACCAUACAGUCCCGUCACGCAUUCCUCGCUCUCCUCUCCGUCUGGCCACCUCGCACCCCCCGGCGCAGCCACCGGCUCCACACCAUUGUCAACCGCCGCCGCCGGGAAAGCCAAACCGCCGCCGCCGAAACCCAAGCCAAGGCGACUGAGCGGCGCGCCACCGCCGGAGACCGUGACGGCGUUGUACGAUUACGAAGCGCAGGCGGAAGGCGAUCUGAGUUUUUUGACGGGCGAUGUCAUUGAGAUCAUCCAGCGCAGUGAGAAUUCGAAUGAGUGGUGGACGGGGAAGCUCAAUGGGAAGCAGGGGAAGUUUCCAGGUAAUUAUGUGCAACUCAAGUCAUGACACGAUGGCGGUACCUCAAGACUCGGACCUGGUGUUUUGGGUUGGCUUGGUUUUACAUUGUGUACGAGAGCAGCAUUUUUCAGCGUUUGAAUGCGAAUUAGAUAAGGGAUGGUGUUCAGGUAGGAUGCCUUACCGCCUACGGGUCACAUUGGACGCACUCACGAUAAGCAU